AUGCCAGACAAGGACAUAAACCUACCGGAAUUAAUGGCACGCUGCCUGGAGGUCUUAUCAUCAAUUGCCCAGCCUGCCCCUACCCAGAUCGAAAAAGCAGGACCUCUGGCAUUUCUGUAUAUGCUUUUUAUUGCGGUGGAUGCAAACUUCAAGUUAAAGAGAAAAGAACGCAAGUUGGAUGACAUUGACUUUAUCACAGAUACAGGGAUAUUUGUGAAUCAACACGGCUAUCAAGAGCACAUUAGCAAUUACAUUGAACAGCCUGAGCACAAUGCCAUUGUACAGGCAAGCAUCCAAAAUACUCCAGACUACACGGUCAGCGGUGUUGGCCUUGUACUUUGCUCAAGACAUUUGCUGGUUUGUCAAAAUGGAGUUGGUGACUUGCAGAAAGAAGAAAGAUAUUGCAAUAUGGAUUACAUUGUUCUUUUGGCUCUUAUUGGCGUGAAGUUGUUGUGUAUAUUCAUUAGAAUGGGAGAGUUUGAGAAACAUAUGCAAAUACUGUCAAUGACCAAAAUCAGAACAGCAAUCCCCAGUUGGCACAUCAACGGACAUGUUGAAUCUUACCAAGAGAACUACAACAUUAGGUACAUGAAAGGAGUUGCACCCAGUAUUAGAGAAAUGGUGCUGGCUGCCCGAUGUGAUGCACUAAGUAACCAUUGGAAUGGGUGGAAUUUCCACAAAAUAGUUGGUUUUUGCUCUGCUUUUGCAAAAAAAUUCAAAGAGGCCAUUAAAAUGCAAAAGAAGCACAAGGCCACAUUUAUUCAAUUUUUGUCCACAUUUUCAGCCACUCCUGAGAUGCUUGAACAGUGGAAAAAGCAAGUUGAGGAGUGGAAAGCCAACCCUUCCAAGCCAAACUCUUACAAAGAAUCAACACAGACCAUCACCCUUCAAAAUACACGCCGCAACCUCCAAAACAAGGAAGCUGCUAUGGCUGCUAUUGGAAAGCUUCCUGCUCACUCAGUAAUAAUGACCAGGUUCUUAGUAACUGGCCUUGAGCUGGAAGAUCAUCAGUACAUAUACAGUUGGUUCUGA